AUGCUCAGCCUCUUUUCCAAGGUUCUCUCCUUCUUCUGGAGACGUGCAAGUGACGAGGAGCAAGAUGAGAGAUGGGCAGCCUCAGGUGAUAAAAAAUUAAAAACUGUAAAAGGAGUAGUAACAAGAUUUUGCUAUGAUUAUGGGAUGAUAGAUGACAUGAUAGUCUUCACAAAGGAUGCUGUUACAAAAAAUAUGGUGCUGGCUGUUGGACAGGAAGUUACUGCCACUGUGGAAGAGGAUGAAACAUCGGGAGGUCUGACGGCCAUCAGGGUGGACGCGGUCUGGAAUACAUGGGAGGACUCCGAUCCCACCUGUGGUGCUUCUGAAAUUAAUAUGAAAAUAUUAAUUGGUAAUAUUACCUCUCUCUCUAAGGACGGUGGCUAUAUUAAUCAGAAUACUUUUUUCUCAAUGGAUGAUGUCUGUGAAGGCUUCCAACCUUAUGAAGGAGACUGGGUGCAAGCAAAAUAUUUCAUUAACCCAACGACCUGGAACAGUGAAGCAGUUUCUGUAAAGCCUUUGAGAUACAAGCAAAUAGACAAGGUUCAAAUUUCCAGCCUCUGUGGAAGAAUUGGUACAGUAAAUGAGAGUAUAUUUUUCACUUUGGAUUCACUGAGACUUCCUGAUGGCUACUCACCUCGUAGGCAUGAUCUGGUGAACACAAUUGUGGUGGAGAGCAAUCAGUCGUGUUAUGUUUGGAGAGCUGUCUGCUUGGUGCCGGUCAGCCAGGAUGGAAGCCUCUUGCAGUUGAGCCUUGUAGUUCGUGGUCUUCUAGUAACCCCCAAAUACUGUGGAAUUGAAGAAAAUUUUGUAUUGAGUUUAAUGUCUUUAGAAAGGUCUUUAGAAAUGUCUCUCUUCAAUCCUAGUGAAAUCCUUUCUGAAAUGAGAACUAAAGGAAGUGCUUUUACUUCAAGUCAAGAAGGCGUCUCAAAAGCUGCAAUUAAUUUUUAUGAUGACAGUGGAGGAACAGCAUGUGAGUCGUUGAACAAUUCCUCCAUCAUGAAGAACAGAGUUCCAGGACUUAAUUCUCAGGAUACAAAUUUAUCAAGGAGAGAAGAGGACUUUUCCUUUGUGAAAGAUGAAAUUCUCCAUAAUGGAGACAAUGAGCAAAGAGAAGAUGUGGAGCAACCAAUAAAGCAUGUCAAUAUUACUGAAGAUAUUGUCAUACCACCAGGUGGAAAAGCAUUCAUAAUAAUCAUAUGCACGGCUGUAAAUCCUGGAUACAGUAAAGAACUCCUGUUGCUUGGUUUUUCCGAUUUUACUGUUGGACGCUGUAUUGAAGCAACUGUAACAAAUGAAGAAGAAUUGCUAAUAGCACCUGGGCAACCGUUUUCCCCAAGAAAGACUAAAAUUAUUCCUGAACCUCAGCCAAGGAGGACAACAGUGGUUGUCCCUGCAUACAGAAGAAGUCGCAGAAGGCAGUUGCCAAGCUUUCUCCCGCAUUAUACCAUACCAGAUGAGUUAAGAAAAUGUGUGGAUCAGAAGUUGGACAUACUGAGCUUUCAGCCUCUCCUAGCAGAGCAUCUUAAUCUAGAUAAUUACAGAGCACGCUUUUCUACUCUUUUGUGGCUUGAAGAGAUCUUUGCAGAAAUGGAGAUAAAAGGCUUUAACAUGAGUGGAGUUACUUUGAAAAGGAAUGGGAACUUGUUAGUGUUGGAAGUGCCAGGAGUGGAAGAGGGCAGACCUCGCCUGCUUCCAGGUGAUAAGGUGAUACUGAAAAGUCAGGUCUACUCUAACCAUAUAAUAGAGUACAUUGCCUAUAUUACUGAGAUAUGUAAUGAAGAUGUUAUCCUUAAAUGUAAUGCAGACUUUGAACAGGCUUACAGCAUGGAACCCAUGGAUGUAGAAUUUGUUCAUAGCAGGAUUACCAGCAGGAGAUGCCAGCUGGCAGUUGAACAAGCUGUCUACCUGGGUGAAAAAGGUGAUGAAACUGUGACACUUAAACAGAGAGCUGGGGAAUUUUUCAAUCCUAGGCUGAACGAGCAGCAGAAGCUGGCAGUGAAAAGGAUCCUGAGUGGCCAGUGUCGUCCAACACCUUACGUGCUCUUUGGACCACCAGGAACUGGAAAAACUGUAACAGUAAUUGAAGCUAUUUUACAGAUACAUUAUACUCUCCCAGAUAGCAGAAUUUUGGUUUGUGCACCGUCAAAUGCUGCCACAGAUCUGAUCUGCCUGCGGCUGCAUCAAAGCAAUAUGUUAAAACCAGGAGCCAUGGUCAGAGUUAAUGCUACCUUCAGGUCAACAGAGACAAUAGAUGAUACCCUGAAACCUUACUGCGAAGAUGGCGAUGAUGUUCUGAAAGCAUUAUGGUUCAGGAUAAUAAUUACCACAUGCAGCAGUGCAGGAAUGUUUUAUCAAACAGGAAUACGGCAUGGACACUUCACCCAUGUGAUUCUGGAUGAGGCAGGGCAAGCAAGUGAGCCAGAGACCCUGAUUCCUAUUGGAUUGGUUUCAGAAUCUAAUGCACAGAUAGUUCUUGUUGGAGAUCCAAAGCAGUUAGGGCCAGUAAUAAAAUCUAACAUUGCACAAAAUUUUGGAUUAAACAUGUCCUUGCUGGAAAGACUGACAUCAAGAGAGCUAUAUCAGAGAGAUGAGGAUGCUUUUAGUGCCUGUGGAGCAUAUAAUCCUUUGCUGAUCACAAAGCUCGUAAAGAACUACAGGUCACAUUCUGCAUUGCUUGCCUUGCCAUCUAAAUUGUUUUACCAAAAGGAGCUAGAAGUUUGUGCAGAUGCUUCAGUAGUAACUUCUUUGUUGCACUGGGGGAAAUUGCCCAGGAAGGGAUUUCCAUUGAUUUUUCGUGGAAUAAGGGGCACUGAAACACGUGAAGGUCACAGCCCUUCAUGGUUUAAUCCAACCGAGGCAGUCCAAGUAAUGCAAUACUGUUGCCACCUUUCUAAAAAUGAGAAUGCUGCAGUGCCAGUGACUGACAUUGGGGUGAUCACACCGUAUCGUAAACAGGUGGAAAAAAUUAGAUUUCUUCUAAGAAGUAUUGAUUUGGCAGACAUUAAAGUUGGCACAGUGGAAGAGUUUCAAGGACAGGAGUACAUGGCCAUCAUCUUAUCAACAGUGCGAUCUACUGAAGACUUAUUUAAUGAUGACAAAUACUGUUUGGGCUUUCUCUCUAACCCCAAGAGAUUUAAUGUAGCAAUUACUAGAGCAAAAGCUUUGCUGAUCGUUGUGGGAAAUCCUCAUGUUCUUGUGAAAGAUCCCUGCUUUUGUGCACUCUUAGAGUACUGUGUAAUGAACAGAGUUUAUGUAGGCUGUGACCUGCCUGCAGAGCUGGAAUGUCUGCAGAGGACACGAAUUGGCCAUGCAUGGACCAUACCUGAUAUGGGAGUGAAUGGUCAGCGGUUUGAUGGUUUGAACUUCCUGUUUGAGAUCCUGGAGCAAAAUAUUACAGAUUUAAUGCAGAUUUUUGAACAGCUGUCUGCACAUUUUGCAGUAGUUGAAGGCAGUGUAACAAUCCAUGAACAGCUGAGCAGUUCUAUUAGCACAGAUAGGAUGAGACAGGAUCAUGAUGAACAACUACAGCCCACAGAUCCUAAGCCGAAUGCCUGA